AUGAUGAACAAUUACUCAAGAAUGUUGCUACUCAUUUGGUUUUCUCUCAUAUCUUGCUUUAAAACCACCGCUUCAAAAGAUAGCUUAAGAAUGAGUGAGUAUAUUCGAGAUGGCGAGACUUUAGUCUCGGCAGGUGGAAGCUUUGAAGUUGGUUUCUUCAGCCCCGGAGCUUCGACUCGCCGGUACUUGGGCUUGUGGUAUAGAGAUGCAUCAAGAAACAACACAAUUAUGUGGGUGGCCAAUAGAGAAAGACCCCUUCACAAUAAGUCAGGUGUUUUGAUAUUCAAAGAAACAGGGGAUCUUCAACUUCUUAGUGACACAAACAACACCAUUUGGUCAUCCAAUAUCUCAAGCAAAGCCUUGAGUAACUCGGUUGCACAGCUCUUGGAUUCAGGGAAUCUUGUGGUGAAAAAUGUACCAGAUACCAAGGAGGGAAGCUUUUUGUGGCAGAGUUUUGAUUAUCCAUGCGAUACGUAUAUUCCAGGGAUGAAAUUCGGCCGAGACUUAGCUACCGGCCUAGACAGAUCGCUUUCGUGCUGGAAAAGUACAGAGGAUCCUGCUGUGGGAGAAUAUUCUCUAAGAGUUGAUCCUAGGGGAUAUCCACAGGUAAUGCAAAUGAAGGGUUCUGUUAUAAUUAGUAGAAUAGGAUCAUGGAAUGGCAUUUAUUUUACUGGAACUCCAGUUGAAGGCAUGAGCAUACUUAAGCGUAAUUUCGUGUUGAAUUCGAAAGAAGUGUAUUUUGAGUUUGAAAUACUUGAUAGGUCCAUCUUCUCCAUACUCAAAACAAACCCUUCUGGAGAUGCACAAGUUAUGACUUGGACAAGUCAAACAACAAGCCGGGUUGAAGUUUCCCUAACCGGCGGGCAGUAUGCCUGUGGAAGUUAUGCCUUGUGUGGUUCAAAUUCUGUAUGUAGCAUGGCUGCUGAUGUUGCAACAUGCGAUUGCGUAAAAGGAUACACUCCAAAGUUUCCUGAAAAAUGGUACAUCUCAGAUUGGUCUAGUGGGUGUUCUAGAAAGGUUGCAUUGGAUUGUGAUGAUGUAGUAGGGUUCUUGAAGUACAGUGACAUGAAAUUGCCAGACACAUCUUCUUCAUGGUAUAGUGAGACAAUGAACCUUGAAGAAUGUCAGAAGUUAUGUCUCAAAAAUUGUUCUUGUACAGCAUAUGCAAAUUUGGAUAUCCGCAAUGGAGGGAGUGGUUGCCUACUUUGGUUUGGUAAUCUUACUGACAUGAUGCAAUUCUCAAAAGGGGGUCAAGACCUUUACAUCAAAGUCCCUGCUUCAGAAUUAGGUACUUUUCCUUGUAAUAGCCAUGGAAAUACGAAUAAAAAGAAGAUAGGAAUUGCAGUUGGUGUGGGUAUUUUUGGAUUAGCAACAUCCAUCGCCAUAACAACAAUAAUUAGAAAUCCAGGUAAAUACUCAGCAAGAAUACUUAACAGACAUAAGCAAAGACAAGAAGAUAUCAACCUACCAAAAUUUGAUUUCUCACUCUUAGCCAAAGCUACUGAAAACUUCUCAAACAAUAAUAAACUUGGAGAAGGUGGUUUUGGACCGGUAUACAAGGGUAAGAUGAUAGAUGGCCAAGAGAUAGCUGUGAAAAGACUUUCUAAAAAAUCUGGACAAGGGUCGGAAGAGUUCAAGAAUGAAGUGAUGUUGAUAGCUAAACUUCAGCAUCGUAAUCUCGUGAAGCUUCUUGGCUACUGCAUUCAAGGGGAAGAAAAAAUAUUAAUCUAUGAGUAUAUGCCUAACAAAAGCUUGGACUACUUUGUUUUUGGUGAAGUCAGAAGAAAGUUGCUAGAUUGGCCGAAACGUUUCAACAUUAUUAGUGGUAUUGCUCGAGGACUUCUUUAUCUUCAUCGAGAUUCUAGACUAAGGGUUAUUCAUAGAGAUUUAAAAACUAGCAAUAUCCUACUAGAUGUUGAUUUGAAUCCAAAAAUAUCAGACUUUGGGUUGGCUCGAACAUUCUCAUGUGAUCAAGUCGAGGCUAACACCGAUAGGGUGGCUGGAACAUAUGGUUAUAUGUCUCCUGAGUAUGCAGUGCAUGGACAAUUCUCAUUAAAAUCUGAUGUCUUUAGCUACGGUGUAAUAGUACUAGAGUUGGUAAGUGGACUAAAAAACAGGGAAUUUUCAGACCCAGAAAACAAUCUUAAUCUUCUUGGACAUGCAUGGCAACUAUGGACAGAUGAGAGGCCACUAGAACUAUUGGAUGAAGAGUUAAAGGCAGGAUGCAUCCCUACCGAAGUCAUACGGUGCAUACAAGUGGGUCUGUUAUGA